AUGAUCUGCAAGCCUUUGUACAUCGCAAAACCCGAGGAAGGGGUCCGAAAACUCGUCAAAAUCGCCUCCAAGAGCGUCAGAACAAAUUUGAGCGUCGAGCAGACUUUUGAAUACUGCCAGACCUUGUGGCAGAUUGCUGAAGACGCGAGAACGCAAAAUGAUGAAGAAUACGAGUAUGUGAAUAAAUGGGCAAUGAACAAUACGAUUGUCAAUUUGAAAAUGAAACUUGAAAAUACAAAUCAAGGAAUUGAAAAUCACGUUUGUAUCGGACGAUUUGGGCCGACAAUGGAUCGUCUUGAAGUUCUCCGAAAAUCCCUGGAUAAAAGAUACAAGGAGAAAAUAGAAAGACCAACGACCGGACAAACUCGUCCAGAUGUUCUUCCGCCGAUUUCUCUAACUCCUCGGGCUCCAUGCGAGCGAGAAACCUGCAAAAAUUUACAACAACUUUAUCAUGAUUUAAUUAAGCAAAAUCAAGAAAUAUGCAAAGAUAAAAACGAUGCACUCGAAAUGAUGCGACAAAGAAACGGAAUGCGUAGAAAAACUAAACCCGAUCACCCUAGCAAUAAUCGAAUUAAUCAACUGGAAAAAGAGAAAAAAGAUCAUCUUUUGACAAUACAAGCCUUGCAAGCUACAAUCGCGAAUCAACAAAGACAGAUAGAUUCUGCUAUAGGAAACGACGAAAGCAAGAAAUUCAAAGAUUUAGUGGAGAAGCAAGGGGAGAGAAUCGAAGAACUAGAAAAAGAAGUUAACAACAAACAAAGAAGAAUGGAGAUUUAUGCCCGUGAAAAUGCUGAAAAGGAUAAGAGAAUUUUAUCAUGUGAACAUAUCCUCAAAGAUCUUACAGAAGGACAGAAGAGACAAUCUCAACAAAGUGAAAAAAGAAUAACUGAACUUCAAAAACUUCUGAGAGAAGAAAAUCGGGCAUUUACGGAUUGCGAGAAGCGUUUAUUUGAUGCAAGUCGUGCGCUUGCUGUAUUCAGAAAUCAAGCGCAAAAAGAAGACAAUAUUCAUUUGAAAACUAUAAGAAAUCGUGACGAAUCAAUCAAAAUUCUGAAAAAAAGAAUCAACAAAUUAGAAUUUGAUCUUGACUGUAGAAACGAACAUGGUGCAAAUGAAGAUGUUCACGAAUUACUAGAAAAACUGCAAAGACUAGAGGCAAUCGAAGAAAAGCUUCUGUGCCAAAUCUGCUUCGAUGAUUACAAUGAUAAGGAGCACUACUCUGCGACCCUGUCCACGUGUGGGCACGUGUUUGGAAAAACUUGCAUUGCAGAAGCUCUCAGGAGUCAGCAACGAUGUCCAAUUUGCAACAAAAACGCCACCGCGAGAAAUAUAUUGCGAAUUUUUCUUGUGUAA